CCCGUACCUCUGCUUCUGGAGGAUUUCCCCGCGUGUAAUGGAGCUGUUUUAGCGUUCUUAUAAGUAUCUCGUGAUUUCCUUUGCCAUCCUCUUCCUUGCUUCAAGUGUCGUUCUGCAAGAAUCAAGGUUCUCAACCGGCACCUUUCCUGCCAGCUUCUUGAGCCUAUGAGCGUCAGGUGAAACCAGCACAACCUCAAAGGCAGCAUCAUUUUUGAACCUUGGAUUUUUCCUAGCGCCGGCAAGAAAUUUUCUCAACUUUAAUCUUCAAAAUGUUGCUUGUUCUUCGUCUUUUGGUUCUAUAUGCGGCUGUACACCCUGUUGUUGCCCUCGUAUCCCAACCCGACUUUGCGGCCGAAAUUUCUCGAAUCAACAAACUUGCUAGCUCUGAUAAUUCAACUCUCAAGAAACGAGACGAUGUUCCCGACGGCUAUGUCGCAGCUCCUUACUACCCCGCGCCAAAGGGUGGAUGGAGUGCAGACUGGGCAGAGGCCUAUGCUAAAGCCGAGGCUGUCGUAUCUCAGAUGACAUUGGUUGAGAAAGUCAAUAUAACCAGUGGUACUGGGUUUCUCAUGGGACCAUGUGUGGGAAACACUGGUUCAGCUCUUCGAUUUGGAAUCCCAAACUUGUGUUUGCAAGACUCGGCUUUGGGCAUUGCAGCGACGGAUAAUGUUACGGUUUUUCCAGCUGGUAUCACAGUUGGAGCAACCUUUUCAAAGGCGUUGAUGUAUGCAAGAGGGGAUGCAAUUGGACAGGAAGCUCGUGGGAAAGGAGUCAACAUCCAACUUGGGCCUACAGUUGGACCCCUCGGACGAAAACCGCGAGGGGGAAGAAACUGGGAGGGAUUUGGAGUUGAUCCAUCACUUCAGGGUAUUGGUGGAGCAGAAACCAUCAAGGGGAUGCAAGCCAAUGGAGUUAUUGCAACUGUGAAGCAUUUCAUUGCCAAUGAGCAAGAAAUGUACAGAAUGGAUAUUCCUCCACACGGACUGAUGAAAGCGAUAAGUUCCAACAUCGACGACCGAACUCUUCACGAGUUAUAUGCUUGGCCAUUUAUGGAUGCUCUCAAGGUUGGCGUGGGUGCGGUCAUGACGAGUUAUAAUGAUGUGAAUGGUAGCGCAGCUUCGCAGAAUAGUAUGUUGAUCAACUGUAUACUGAAAGAUGAAUUUGGUUUCCAAGGCCUGGUGAGUAAAAGCAUACGCUAACAGUUAAGUUCGACACUAACAUUACACAGGUCAUGAGCGAUUGGCUUUCACAGAUUGGUGGUGUUAGUUCUGCAUUAGCCGGUCUCGAUAUGGCCAUGCCCGGUGAUGGCAAUAUUCCUUUCUUUGGACUGACAUACUGGGCCCACGAACUCACAAAAAGCGUGUUGAAUAGCACAGUUCCCCUCGAGCGUUUGAACGAUAUGGCUACUCGCGUUGUCGCCACGUGGUAUAAACUCGGACAAGACAAGGACUUUCCUCUUCCAAACUUUUCUGCCAAUACUCAUGAUCGUGUUGCUAAAUGCUACCCUGCUGCGCUUAGCGGCCCGGACUGUGUUGUAAACCAAUACGUCAAUGUACAAGGCGAUCAUAAAAACGUUGCUCGAGAAGUUUCUAGAGAAGCCAUUACACUUUUGAAGAACGACAACAAGACACUUCCCUUAUCUACAAGUGCUGUCUUGAAGAUAUUUGGCUCAAGCGCUCAGAACAACCCGGAUGGUCCAAAUGCUUGCAGCCAGCGCAAUUGCAACAAAGGCGUUCUUGGCAUGGGCUGGGGAAGUGGUAAAUUACAAGUACUGAUAAUAUUCCGACAACUGCUAACUUCUUACAGGAACGGCCGAUUAUCCGUACCUCGAUGCUCCUAUUGAUGCCAUCAAGAUGAAGGCAUCUCAAGUUGAGUAUCACUCUAGUGAUGAUUUCCCCAGCGGUCUCACAGCUGCAAUUGGAGACAUUGCAAUUGUCUUCAUCACUAGCGAUUCCGGAGAAAAUCAGCACACAGUCGAGGGCAAUGCAGGAGACCGAAACUCUGAAGGACUAGUAGCUUGGCAUCAUGGCGAUGCCCUUGUCAAGGCAGCGGCUGAAAAGUAUGCAAACGUUAUUGUAGUGGUUCACACAGUUGGGCCAAUCAUUAUGGAACCAUGGAUAGAGCUUCCAUCUGUCAAGUCGGUUGUCGUUGCACAUCUUCCAGGACAAGAAGCGGGAGACUCAUUGACAGAUAUCCUUUUCGGUGACUACUCGCCCUCCGGUCAUCUCCCGUACUCAAUUACCAAGAAAGAGGACGAUUACCCAUCCUCGGUUAGUUUGAAGGGAUUCCAGUUUUUCCAAGUGCAAGAUACUUUCGAAGAAGGCCUUUACAUUGAUUACCGCUACCUAAACAAACACUCUAUCGCUCCUCGCUUUCCCUUCGGACAUGGUCUCUCCUACACCACAUUCUCCUACACCUCAAUAAGCAUUGCCUCCGUAACAGCCAUGAGUGCCCUCCCCCCAGCUCGAAAAGCCAAAGGCUCCACACCCGUCUACAGCACCGACAUCCCCCCCGCUUCCGAGGCCGCCUGGCCAACAGACUUCUCAUCAGUAUGGCGCUACCUCUACCCCUACCUCGACGACCCCGAAGACAUCGAACAAUCCGAAUUCGCUUACCCCACNGGCCGCCUGGCCAACAGACUUCUCAUCAGUAUGGCGCUCUCUCUACCCCUACCUCGACGACCCCGAAGACAUCGAACAAUCCGAAUUCGCUUACCCCACCGGCUACAGCACAACGCCCAAACCCGACCCCCCGGCGGGCGGCGACCAAGGCGGUAACCCAGCACUCUACGAUGUCAUGUUCACCGUCACCGUCACCAUCCAAAACACCGGUGCCGUGCCCGGAAAAGACGUAGCCAUGCUCUUCAUCCAACACCCCUCCGGCUCCAUCUACGAAACGCCCAUCAUCCAACUACGAAACUUUGAGAAAACGGAUACGCUGCCUGUGGGCGGGAGCCAGACGUUGACGAUCGAUGUCACAAGGAGGGAUAUGAGUGUGUGGGAUACGACGCUGCAGAACUGGGUGAUUCCUGUUAGCUCGGCGGAGCCGUUCUUGUUUUGGGUGGGCUCUAGUAGUGGGAGUCUGACGACGGCUUGUGAGAGUUUGAGCAAGAGUUGUUCUGGAGGGAGGAUGUCUCCUGUUGUUUAG